UUCCCGUCCCUGCGCCUGGCUCCGUGCGCGGACCCGGGAGCCCGCCGCGCUCCCCGCAUUCCUGCCGCCCUCCCCGGCCCGGCCCCGGUCCCGGUCCGGUCCCGGUCCCGGUCCCGGUCCCGGCACCCGCGGCCGGCCCAGCCCCUCCGCAGCACGGAGCAGGUUGUCGUGUGUCCGUGGGGGCUCGGGGUCGGAGCCCAGAGCAGCCAGCACCAUAGCGUCCAACAGCUGGAACGCCAGCGGCAGCCCCGGGGAGGGGCGGGAAGAUGGCCAGGACGGCAUGGACAAGAGUCUGGACAAUGAUGCCGAAGGCGUGUGGAGUCCGGACAUCGAGCAGAGCUUCCAGGAGGCGCUGGCGAUCUACCCCCCCUGCGGCCGGCGGAAAAUCAUCCUCUCGGAUGAGGGCAAGAUGUACGGUCGUAACGAACUGAUAGCCCGGUACAUCAAGCUCCGGACGGGAAGCACGACGAGGAAGCAGGUGUCCAGCCACAUACAGGUUCUAGCUCGGAAGAAGGUGCGGGAGUACCAGGUUGGCAUCAAGGUCUCUAGCCAUUUGCAGGUUCUUGCCCGGCGGAAAUCUCGUGAGAUUCAGUCCAAGCUGAAGGCCAUGAACUUGGACCAGGUCUCGAAGGAUAAGGCUCUGCAGAGCAUGGCUUCCAUGUCCUCCGCGCAGAUCGUGUCGGCCAGCGUCCUGCAGAACAAGCUCAGCCCCCCCCCUCCUCUUCCUCAGGCCGUCUUCUCUGCUGCCCCCAGGUUUUGGAGUGGGCCUAUCCCAGGACAGCCUGGACCCUCUCAGGACAUUAAACCGUUUGCACAACCAGCUUACCCCAUCCAGCCACCCAUGCCUCCAUCACUAGCCAGUUACGAGCCCUUGGCUCCGCUCCCGCCAGCCGCCUCGGCCGUGCCCGUCUGGCAGGACCGCACCAUCGCCUCCGCCAAGCUCCGGCUCCUCGAGUACUCCGCCUUCAUGGAGGUGCCGCGGGACGCCGAAACGUACAGCAAACACCUCUUCGUGCACAUCGGGCAGACGAACCCCUCGUACAGCGACCCGCUGCUGGAGGCCGUGGACAUCCGCCAGAUCUAUGACAAGUUCCCCGAGAAGAAAGGUGGCCUCAAGGAGCUCUAUGAGCGUGGGCCCCAGAACUCCUUCUUCCUCGUCAAAUUUUGGGCGGAUCUGAACAGCACGAUCCAGGACGGGCCGGGGACUUUCUACGGUGUCAGCAGCCAGUACAGCAGCGCAGAGAACAUGACCAUCACUGUCUCCACCAAGGUGUGCUCCUUCGGGAAGCAGGUCGUGGAGAAGGUGGAGACGGAGUACGCGCGGCUGGAGAACGGCCGGUUCGUCUACCGCAUCCACCGCUCCCCCAUGUGCGAGUACAUGAUCAACUUCAUCCACAAACUCAAGCACCUCCCGGAGAAGUACAUGAUGAACAGCGUCCUGGAGAAUUUCACCAUCCUGCAGGUUGUUACCAACAGGGAUACCCAGGAAACCUUGCUCUGCAUAGCCUUCGUCUUCGAGGUCUCCACCAGCGAGCACGGCGCCCAGCACCACGUCUACAAGUUGGUCAAGGACUAGGGGCCCUCGGGGACAGGGUGGGGGCAGCGGGGAGGGAGAGGGGGGUGGGCCGUGCCGAAAAGCCACCCGUGCCGGUUGCCUCGUGAGAAGUCAUUUGGAGAGAGGAGGAGGAGGAAGAGGAGAAGGAGGAGGAGGAAGAAAAACAAUAGCCAAAAAAGACUGACUUGCGAUCGCAGAUGUUUUCCACUUAGGAACAGUUUCUUUUUUUUUUUUUUUUUUUUUUUUUUUUUGUAAAAUAAAUUAAAAAAAAAAAAAAAAGAAAAAGAAGAAUGGGAAAGGAAGCGUAGGGAAAAAGGAAAACCCGCGUCCGGCGCUGGAUGGGGAUAAACCGGCCCUCGGUGUCGCCGAUGAAGGCCGGGAGCCCGCCGUGCCACCGCCAGCAGCGGGAUGUCGGAGCGGAGGACGACCCCCUCCUUUUGCCCCCCCCAGCCCUCGCUGGGAUGGAGUCGCGAUCCCGAGAGGAGGGAGCGCGGAUGGGCUGGAGGAUGCGGCGUCGCGCCAGGUCUGGUCCGAAAGCGGUUGGCGUGGCAGCGGCCGUGGCGUCGGUACUGCCCGGCGGUGGCAGGGACGCGGGGACGGAGGUGGCACGGCAGGAGCAGGGCAGGGUGGCAGAGGGGGGGAUGCUGCCACCUCCCUGGGGACCCGCACCCGGGAUGCUUCUCCAUUCCCGGCCGGGGCACCCGGAGCUGGCAGCACUGAAGGCAGGAGGGCAUCCACGAUGCAAACCAAUUUUUUUAUGGCUCAUUUUUUUUUUUUUUCCCCUUAUUUUUUAAUAAUAUUAAAGUGCUUUUUAAUACUUUUUAAAAAGACACCAUGCUUGUCAUCAGGAUUGUGCUCCUCUCUGGUGGCCGGGACCUGCUCCUCUCCCACCCUCCCCCUGCCAGUGACCGCAGGAGGUGACGCAGCUGUUUGCUGGGGGGGCGACGCGGGGAGCUGGCGUGUGUAGGGGGGCCGUGGGGGUGUCUCCGUCUCCCUGGGGCCGCUGCAGACCAGAGGCUGGUUUUUACGCACCAGCGGGACCCCCCUGAGCUCUGCGUGUGCUUUCAGGGAUUGCACUUUUGGGGUGGCCCAGGCUGAAUUCCCCCCCCCCCGCCCCCCUGCUGUGGUCGCUCGCCGAGGACUCAUGAGGAGAGCGCAGCGAGGGCGGAUUUGCCUGAUUUACUUUGCAUAUGUACAUUUUCCGUCUUUUUUUUUUUUUUUUCACCUUUUUCGCCUUUUUUUUUUUCUGCGUUGACUGCUCUGGUUUCAGCCGCUCCAGCAGCUCCCUGUAUCCCAUGGGAAGCGGCCGGGGAAGCAGCUGGCGCAGGGAGAAGCACGUCGGGCAAUGCAAGGCCAGGCUGGCUACCAGCGGGCAGAGCUGGGGACAGAGAGGGGACAGAGAGGGGACGGGAGGGACAGCAGGACAGGGGACCGGGUCUGCUUGGAGGUAUUUUUGUGGCUGAAGCCCAAAAGAAGCCGUGGCAGCGGGCCGGGUCCCGAGGCCGUGCCUGGGGACAGCAUCCCCAGGGCGCGGGAGGGAUGCAGAGGGACAGAGGUGGGGGUUUGUGACGGUGGCACGGAGCAGGGUGGCAGGGCGGGGGACACAAGGAGUCUGAGAGGGACAGGUCUGGCCGGGUUUCUCGUGCCGGCGGAGGAGCGAAGGCAGCGGGAGGUGCAGAGCCAGGUGCGGCGGGUCAGGAGCGGUUCGAGGGGUGAUGGAGCCCGGAAUGCGGUGGGGGGGGGGACGGACAGGGGGGAGGUUUAGGCUCGAUGCUGCCGGGUGCGGAGGAGCAGGAGCAGCCCCAGAGCUCAGGAAAGGGCCACGGCUGCCAUCGCGAUGCCACGUGUCCCGCCAGGCAUGGGGACUUCGACCUCUCGUUGCCGGGAAAAGUCACCCAUCCCCGGGGGACAGGGCAGAGCCCCCCCCAGCCCCGCGCCCGGGCGAGGACUCGGAGGCGAGCCAGGCGGGGAACGAGAGAGCAAAAAAUCCAGGGAAAGACACCGGCAUCCCAUCCCAGGGCUGUGCCGGGGCUGCCGGGCCGAAUUCUCAUAUGUAGCAUGUUUAUUUGUUGUUUUCGUGGUUCUUUUUUCUUUUUUUUUUUUCUUUUUCUUUUUCUUUUUUCUCCUUCCUUCUAUUUCACUCGCUCAUCUAAAACUCUGGGAAUGAAAAAAACUCAAAAAGUUCCCCACCGUAACACACAGGGGUGCCCCCCCUACAUUCCCCCCCCCCCAACUCCCGGCCCCCCCGGGGCACGAAGCUCUUCGUUAACUGGACCGGUUUAUGCCUCCAUCCCUGCAUCCCUCCAUCCCCCCACGCACACGGUGCCCCCCCCCUACCCACAACGGCCCCCGCCGGGGUUUAGCCACGAUCCCAGAGACACUUUCUCAACCCCCUCCCCCCCCCCCCCCCAGCCCCUCUGUUCUCCUCCAGUGUAUUUAUGAAUUUCACAUGAAGUACUGUUUUAUUUUUUUAAAGACUUUGUAAAGCUUUACCAGGGUUACAAUCACCAUUUUUAGAGCUGUGUCUGUCCACAAUGUUAAAAAUCCAUUUUUUUUUAUGUAUUAUAUUUUGUGUAUUUUUUUUUUUUAAUCCAGCUGUGAUGGGUUGUAUCAUAUAUUUGUUGUGUUUACUGUAUCUGUCCAACUUCAAAGAGAGGAGACUGUGGAGCUCCGAGAAAACUACGGUCUGCUGAAAAAAACAAACAAACAAACAAACAAAAAAAACAUUAAAAUUAUUUGUUCAUGGGUUGGCUCAA